UGUAGACCUAGUUUGGGAGGGGACAAAAAAUUCCUGAAACUGGAUUUCAGCCUGUGCAGAACUUGUGACACACAACAUCUUUUUAGCUCUUAGAAACGAACGGAUCACUUGCAUAAUCACUGCUGCAAACAAGCAAAUGAUGAAGUGGAGUAUUAUUUUGGGGGUGUUCUUGCUAUGUUUUCUUGCUAAUAAUCUCAGCGGUGCCAGAUUCAUUCCUGAAGGGGUGCCCUAUGAACGGCCCCCAGCUGUGCCCUACUGGUCUUAUUCCACUUCAGAUUUCUGGAACUAUGUGGAAUACUUCCGCAACAUUGGGGCGUACGACCAGAUCAAUGAAAUGGCCAGAACGUUCUUCGCUCAUCAGCAUCUAGGAGACACGCUGGGAUAUGAAGUGGCAGAGCAACAUGAACACUAAAUGGAUGUUAUUAGUUCAUCUUUUGUGUUAUUAGAAAGUAACGAAUGAUAAUUUACUAAAUAUAACUAAACACCAUUUAUAGCUCUAUAAUAAUGUGUUGUGCCGUAUCUUUAAAUGUAUUACUACUAGUAAAAAGCAUAUAGGAAUUAUAGUCAAUGUUUCAUUGUAGUAUGAAUUAACAGCUUCAGAGUGCAUGAUUGUGAUGUAUUAUACGACUGGUGCAAUUGCAAAUAUAGGAAAUAUAAGAAAUAAAACAAUAAAGUGUC